GACGGCAGCCGCCCGAUUUCGUCAGAGCGCGAGCCGUCCCUCUCGGCGCACGCGUCCUCCCUCUCUCCCCCCGCCCGUUGGGGACCUCCGCGCCGCCGACAGAACCGGAUCGAACCGGCUCCGCGGCGGUGCGCUGAAGCGAACCCGAGCUACCCGUCGCUUUGCCGCGUUGCUGCUGCAGCCCGCUACGCUGGCGUCGUCGUCCGCAGUUCCGUGAGGGGGGCCCCGAAAGAUGAGCCGCGGCGACGUGGUGACCGCUGCGGCCUCGCCGUACGCGGGGGGCUGCCUGGCCGCCGACUCCGUGUACGGUAUCAUCCGCCAGUUCAUCGGUACGUCGGCGGGGAGCACGGUGGCUAUCGACAACAAGAUCGAGCAAGCCAUGGACCUGGUCAAGAGCCACCUCAUGUUUGCGGUGCGUGAGGAGGUGGACGUACUCAAGGAGAAGAUCACUGAGCUGCUGGACCGCAUCAGCCAGCUAGAGUACGAGAAUGGCAUCUUGCGGGCCGGGGCCAGCCCGGAGACCCUCGGCCUGCUCGCCCAGCCGCCCCCGCAGCAGCCCGCCCUGGCCGGCCAGCAGCCGACGCCGGCCCUCCCACAGCCGGCCCCCGCGGCCGGUCCGCAGCCCACGCUCCAGCCAGCCGCGGCUCUGCAGCCAACGGCCGGUCCACAACUGGCCACCGUGCCGCAGCCGGGCCCCGUCCCGCAGCCGGCCGCCGGUCCGCAGCAGCAGGCGGUGACUUUGCCUCAGGUGGCUGCAACGACGCAGCAACCGCAGCAGCAACAACAACAACAGUCACUGCCUCCGCUGCCCACAUAGCCACCGUGUUAGUUGUACAUAGGACACUGGAGUAGCCGAGAGGCGAGGGGGAGGGGGGAAGGGUCCUGCGAGGGCCGGCGUCUUAUCUAGGUGUACAUAGACAAACACAAGUUGCAACGCGCAGGGACUCCGAGGGGGACCGGCUGGAUGACCGGCGACAACUUCCCGGAGUUUGUUUCGCCUCCUUCUUUUAGACGCAUUGCGAGAUACUGUGAUGGAUGAGCUCUGGCGUUUUUGUUUUUCCCCCAAUGCUGCCUCCCACCUCUAUUUUUUUUUUUUUUUUUUUUUUAAUCUUGGACUUUAAGAGAGGACAAAGUUUUUUGUUGUUAGCACGAUAUACUCUGCAUUCAUCUCUCUGCUGACAUUUUUGCUCCUUACAAGAAAAAGUUGAGUCUGGUCACACAUGACGUGCUUUUUGUAAUAUAAUGUUUUGCGUGCUGUCCAAGUUGUGCGUGGAAUGUGCCUCCCUUGCUCACUGGCUCCCUUCCUCCCGGGGGGCCGCGUAGAGAGCGGGCUUUCUGUCGCAUGUCUCUGCCGUUACGCGCGGAGAAAACCAUCCACCUAGUAAAAUGCAGUUCCUAUCUUCCCUGCCUCUUUUAUUCUCGUAGUUUCGACUCAACCCUUUAUUCUUUUUUUCUACUUGGAAUAAUUGUUUUAUUGCUAGUUAAGGCCGGGAAAAUUCUUGUUGAGUUGCGGGCUAUUGGCAGUUCUGUCGCGCGGCAUCUAGUGGGAAUGCGCUUUUAAAAGGAGUUUUACUCUAUUUGAGGCAACAACUCAUUCAUUGCAACAUUGACCAUUUCUUCCUUCCAAGAAGCUAGUUUUCUACUGAUGCCGUCUCGGCGUGGUCUCUCGCGUCGAGCUUGUACACAAUGCAAAAAACUGUGUGGGUAACUUAUAUGGCAUUGCUUUGCUGUAUGUAGCAAUUUUCACGACCGGGCCAAUAAAGCACCUAUUUUUGUUGGAGAAAAAAAAAAAGACACUAUUUGGAAGGGCAUUGGUUUUGUUAGUUGGGUUCACUAAUAUCAUGCCAGAGUAUCUUGGAUGCUGUUUUUACCUAUUUAUCUAGUUUUACUCUAUUGCUGAAAUUUCUCUCAAAAUUAAAAUGCUUUGGACAAUGCA